AUGGGAAGAGGAGGUCUAGAAGGAACGCAAUCAAGUAUCACAGGAAGCGAGCUCACACAGAUGAGAAGACGAAGAAACCGCAAAGCAGGGGGUGGCCUGGCUCUUGGUCUCGUGCCCACCCAGUGCGGGCAGCUUGCUGUUCCCGACUCUGUCAUUGGAUGGGUGUGUCGCAUACCUGAGGGUGGGCACAAGACUUGCGAGACCGCACAACAUUCUCGUGCCUAUCCUCACGCUAGUAACCUGCGUCCUGCGUAUAUUUAG